AUGUAUACAUACAACAAAUUCGGAACUAGAUCAACCACAUCAAAUGUAAACAAAGUUUCUAAGACACCAUCUUCUUCAUCAUUAUCAUCUUUAAAUUCAUCCAUAGUUAAAAAGGAAAACAAAAAAGAUUUUAUUUCAUCAUCAACUAACCAAAAUUUGCAACCAAUUAAUUAUAAUAACAAUUAUAUACAUACAGGUCAAUAUGCAACUAAUUUUGUUAGAAAUGUUAUAAAUCCAUUAGAUGGUUAUCCAAAAUUACAAAGAUUACAUCAAUUAAAAAAAGAACAAAUUGCUAAACAUGCAACAAAACCAUUUGGAGUAAGAUGCCCAACAAAUAAAAUUGUUUCAACAUUAAAUCAAUGGAUUGAUGAAUAUGAUUUAAAAUUUGAUGUUAUUAUGAUUGGAGCAUUAACUGAAAAUCAAUUUAUAUUACCAAUAUUAGAAAAAUUACCAUUAAAUAAAUUAUGUUCAAAACCUGGUUUUUUAUUUAUUUGGUCAACAAGUCAAAAAAUAAAAGAAUUAACUUUAUUAUUAAAUAAUGAAAAUUUUAAUAAAAAAUUUAGAAGAUCAGAAGAAUUAGUAUUUUUACCAAUAAAUGAAAAAUCUCCUUAUUAUCCAAAUAGUUCAGAUAUUGAUGAUCAUAAAUUUAAUUUAUUUGAAAAACAACAAUGGCAUUGUUGGAUGUGUAUUACUGGUACAGUUAGAAGAUCAACUGAUAAUGAUUUAAUUCAUUGUAAUAUUGAUACUGAUUUACAAAUUGAAAAUUAUCAAGAAACAUCUAAAAGAGGUAAAGAAGCUUGUCCAAAUCAAAUGUAUCAAAUUGCUGAAAAUUUUUCAAAUUCAAAUAAAAGAUUACAUAUAAUUCCAUCAAAUUUAGGUCCUGAUACUCAUGUCAAAUUACGUCCUGGUUGGGUUAUAAUGGGACCAGAUGUUAUGUUAAAUAAUUUUGAUCCAAUUAAAUAUAAUGAACAAUUAAGUUUGAAAUCAUUUAUAAAAUAUAAACAAAAUAAUAAUACUUCAAUAAAUGGUAGAAAUGUAGGUGAUGAAUUGAUAAGAAAUGGAUCAAAUGGUCAAUCAAUACAAUAUUUAGUUCCUCAAACUGAUGAAAUUGAAGAUUUAAGACCUAAAAGUCCAAUUAAUCAAGGUAAAACCACUAAGUAA